UUUAUCCGGUGCCCUCACGAAUCACAAUGUCCGAAGUCGGCUAAGUAACUAUUAUGCUUGAACUGUAAAUACUUAUUUUUACUUUAUUAAUUAAAAAAAAAUAUAUUAUAAUACAAUUACUACUUGCAAGCAAUGAGUGUUGCCGGAGCAGCUCGGUCGAUGAUGCUUUUGGGUCGAUGCGUCCCAUCUGUCAAAAAAAAUGCAUCUAAAAUCAUUGUAAAAAAACUGGAAUUGGAUGAAAAUCUUUUGAUGUAUUUUAACAAAGACGAAGUUUUCUAUGCUCACGAUCCACAAAAAUUGUGUAAAACUGGAGAUGUAGUUCUCAUUCAAGAACUUCCUAAUAAACUAACUACUCUUAUUACACACAAUGUGCUUAAAGUAGUGUAUCCACUGGGCAAUGUCACAGACCCGAUAUCUAACAAAAAAGUUGCAGCGGUUCGUUAUGGGAUAGUUAGAUACAGGGAUGAAUUGGAUGAAAUUGAUGAACUGUAUGGUAAAACAAAGGAGAGAUUUGAUUAUGAACGAGCUCUUGAAAGAGGCUGGCAAGAAGACAAAAAAGAUUUUAGCCAUAGAGAAAGCUAUAUCAAGUACCACGAGUCAGAAGAAGAACAACCAUAUUCUGUUCCGAGAUAAAUUUCUCGGCAAUAGUAUUCAUUUUUUAAAAUUAAAUUGUAGAAUUCAUUUCUUGGUAUUUUCAUAACAAAUAUGUUUAAGUUAUAGUUAAAUAAAAUAAACUGUGAAAAAUUGUUGACGA